AUGUCUGACACUUUAGAAGAAACUAGCUUUGACUACAUUAUACUAGGAACAGGCUUAAUAGAAUCUGUAUUAGCAGGAUCUCUUGCAAGAGUGGGUAAAAAGGUUCUUCAUCUUGAUAACAAUCAACAUUAUGGCAGUAAUUGGAGCACGUUUGGAAUUAGAGAAAUAGCUCGGUUUUACAGCAACCAUAAAGGCACACGCGACAUAGAGCAGUCAGAUCCGGCUAAAACAACAUACAACAAACAAUACUCUUCCGUCUAUAAAAACGUAAACUUUCAACUAUUUCCAACCUUACUCUCUCAGGAAGAAAAAGAUGAUAUCAAGUCAAAGAUCGCUGAAGGAUUAUCCAUAGAUGCAUUCAUAUCAGACAUGCAUGAAUCAGAUAAAGAUCUAUUCGAAUUCUUUACGACAGAGGACCCUUAUGAGGCCAUUUGUCUGAUGACUGCAUUUAACAAACUAUUGAAGAGCUCAAGAUCAUACAACUUGGAUAUAGCUCCCAAAUUACUUGGUUCGCGAGAAGAACUGGUUGAAAUAUUAAUCCGUAGUGGAGUAGGACGAUAUCUCGAGUUUGAAAAUGUGGGUGAUAUUUAUAUGUAUGAUGAAACUCUGAAGGCUCUUGAGAAGGUGCCUGGGUCAAAAGAAGAUGUCUUCACUAGCAAAUCAGUGAGCCUUGUUGAUAAACGAAAGUUGAUGAAGUUUUUGACGUUUGCAAUGGAAUACAAAGAAGGAAAAACAGAAAUUAUAGAAUCAACCUAUGGUGAAUUCUUACAAGACAAGUUCAAAAUAACAGGAAAACUACUUGAUGCAAUUGCUUAUGCAAUCGCUCUUGUUGAUAUGAAUGUUCCAACACGAGUAGGCAUUGAACAUACUCACAAAUUUGUACAGUCUAUGGGCCGCUUUGGAAAAGGUGCCUACCUGUGCCCACUGUAUGGAGGAGCUAGCGAGAUUGCUCAAGCAUUUUGCAGAAUUUGUGCUGUCUAUGGUGGUAUUUAUAUAUUGGACUACCCUAUUGAUCAAAUUCUAGUCAAUGACGAUACGAAUGAGUGCACAGGGAUCAGAACAAAGACUGGUCAAGAAUUUCACUGUUCUAAAUUGAUUACUGGGAUGGAUUACUUGCCUUCAAUCUGGUUGCCAAACGGAGGUGAAUUUGGUACCUGGAUUUCUAGAGCGAUCAUAGUUACCGAUCAGCCUUUGAAAGAUACCGAAAAUAAGGACACUUUAGCCUACAGUGUGUUUCCUCCAGGCAGUGAUGCAGGAAAUGAAGACUAUCCUAUUUAUGUUAUACAUCAGAGUCAGAAAACCAUGGCAUGUCCUAGCAACCAAUAUGUUACAUAUUUUUGGACUGAGUCAAGCAAUAAUAAUGUGCUCAAGAAUGCGCUACAGCUUCUCUUGAGUGAGGAAACACACUGUAUUUUAAGUGUAUUUUAUGAUCAGCGUAGGCGAACUGCUAAUGAGUUGGAGCAAACCUCACUUCUACCUAAACAUAUAGCACCUUGCAGUGACCCUGAUGCAUCUUUAGAUUUCCAGAGUGCUAUAUCGGAAGCAAUGAAGUUGUUUUAUCUGUGUGAAGGAUCAGAUGAACAAUUCAUGCCUCCAGCAGAGGAAGAUCCUGAUGAAUAUGAAUAA